AUGGCCCAUCAACAGUUUACCAGUAAGCUUCAAGAGGAAGUGAUUUGCCCCAUAUGCAUGGAUAUUCUGCAGCACCCUGCUACCAUCGACUGCGGGCACAACUUCUGCCUCAGUUGCAUCACUCAGAGUGGAGAAGCAGAAGACAGUGUUCUUAAAUGUCCCCUCUGCAACAAAAUUGUGAGGAGGGACACGAUCACGCCUAACUGGCUCUUGGUAAAUCUGGUGGAGAAAAUCCAAUCUAUGGAGCCCUCGGAGGUGCAGCCAGAAACGGAAGAGCUGAGAUGUCUAAGGCAUGGAGAGAAAUGUCAUUACUUCUGUGAGGUUGAUGGCAAGUUUCUCUGCGUGGUGUGUUGUGGAUCCAAGGAUCACAAAACCCACAACACAACUCUGAUAGAAGAAGCUGCCCAGAGUUAUCAGGGGCGGAUCCAAUCACAAAUCGAGGUCUUGCAGCAAAAGGAGAGGGAGAUAAUUCAGAUGAAGGCACAAGGUGAACACAAGAUCAAUGUCUCCAUGGCCCAGGUGGACUUAGAGAAGCAGAAGGUCAGCACAGCCUUCAGACAGCUGCGUCAGGUGCUAAAGGAGGAGAAGAGCUUCCUCUUGUCCCGGAUCAACUGGCUGGGAAAGGAGAUCUCCAAGGGGGAGAAAUUCUAUGUCACUUCCACUGAUACACAGCUGAACUAUCUCAGGAAGCUUACGGAUUCUCUGAAGUCCAGACAGUGUUUGCCACCAGGCCAGCUGCUCCAGGACAUCAAAACUGCCUUGUGCAGAAGUGAAGGAUUUCACUUUCUCAACCCAACCCCUGUUUCAAUGGACCUGGAGAAAAAACUCAGUGACAUCAAAUCACGGCAUGAUUCCCUCACAGAGAGCCUGAAGAGAUUCAAAGACAAUCUCCAGGCUGACAGCAAGAAAGAUAAAAACAAAUUCCUCAGAGGCAUGACUGAGGAAGACAGAAAGAGCUGGUACCUGUCAGAGAAAAAUGAUCCUAAGACGAACAAAACCUCGGAGCCUGAGUCAACCCCUCCAGUUGACAGAACAACUAAAACAGUGCUGCCAAAUACCAUACUCUCAAUUUCACUCAGCCCACUCUUCCGGAGCCGAAACAGGGCCUCUUUUGUUUCUUAUUCACCAAACCUGGACAGCUCUGAGAACCUGGGGAGCCCUGAAGCUACGAAUAUUGAAGAGCUCAGGACGGUGAUAGACCCACUGACCCUGGAUGCGGCUUCGGCUCACCCAGAUCUCAUCAUUUCCCAGGAUCUGAAGACAGUGACGCUGAACCCGGAUCUUCAGAGAGUCUGCGCUGAGCACACCGACCCCGAGCGCUUCUAUCCGUUCCGCUGUGUUCUGGGCUUGCCAGGCCUCAGCUCCGGCUGCCAGACCUGGGAGGCAGAGCUCCAAGGGCCCGGGGGCGGGGGCUGCGUGGUGGGCGUGGCCUCGGAGCUAGUACCCAGGAAGGGCAUGCUGCAGAUAGAGCCCUUGAGCGGCUUUUGGGCGCUGCGCAUCGCGGGCUCCGAGUGCCAGGCGCUCACGGAGGCAGGCACCCGCGAGGAUCUCUCGGUCUGUCCCAGGAAAGUGGGCGUCUGCGUGAAUCACGAGUGCGGCAAGGUCGUGUUCUACGACGCCACCACGGGCAAGCACCUCUACACCUUCCACGCCUCGUUUCCAGGGCAGAUCUUCCCCUUUUUCCGGCUCCUGUUUCCCGGGACCCAGAUCACCCUGAGUCCCUAG